CGGCCAGGUCCCAGUGCGGGGUCUCCAGGGAGGAUGAUGCUGCUUGCCGCGUACCUGCUGCUGCUGGCCGCUGUCACCGUCGUCCCCUCGGAGGGAUCUGCCUUCGACAAACACCUGUACCACAGCCGUGUGCGCGGGAACAAGCAGGGACCCAACGUGUGCGCCGUGCAACAGAUCGAAGGCACCGGCAAGAAAUACUACUCCAGCUGCAAGCAGUGGUACGCGCGGAAGAUCUGCGGGCAGCCCACAGUGGUGACAUAUGACUGCUGCCCGGGAUAUGUGAAGGUGGAUGGCAUAAAUGGCUGCUCUGCAAUCACACCCAUGGAGAACGUCUACAACACCAUGGGGUACGUGGAGGCCAUGUCCACACAGAGCUACUUCAACACUUCUGGCCUGAGGCCCAACGUGGAGUCCUCGGGGAUCUACACAGUCUUCACGCCCAGCGACGAGGCCUGGGAGGCUCUGUCUGAGGAUAUCAGAGAGGCUCUGGUGAGCAAUGUGAAUCUGGAGCUGAGGAAUGCCCUGAGCUACCACAUGGUUUCUCGUCGCCUGCUCACAAGCGACCUCCGAGACGGACUCGUCCUCACCUCCAACUACGAGAACCAACCGCUCUUCAUCAACCACCACAGCAAUGGGGUGGUGACAGUAAACUGUGCUCGAUUAAUUCGUCCAAACUUCCUGGCCACAAAUGGCGUGGUUCAUACGAUCGACAGAGUCAUCGUUCCUGUCUCAAACCGCAUCUCUGAGAUUGUGGAGUUUACCGCUGAACUGGAGUCACUGAAGGUCUUGAUGGAGAAGGCUGGGAUGAUGCCCCUCCUGUCAUCCGAGGGGCCCCUUACGCUCUUUGCUCCGACAAAUGAGGCCAUAGAGAAGGUUCCAAAGGAGACGAUGGAUCGCAUCAUGGCUGACCCCAAAACCCUCAGGAUGGUGCUCGAGGGCCACAUGAUGCGCUCGGUGAUCUGCUCCGAGUCGUUGCUGGGAGAGGAGGUGCUCCUGCCCACGGCCGGGGGGGCGCCCGCACUCGUCGCAUCGUGCCAGGGCUCCUCGAUCCGCCUGCGCGGGGGCGGCGAGGUGACGCGGCGCGACAUCGUGACCACCAAUGGCGUCGUGCACCUCAUCGACCAGCUCGUGCUUCCCGACUCCGCCAAGGACGUCCUGGAGGUGGCUGAAGACAGUGGCGUCAACAUUUUCAUGGAUCUGCUCGAAGAGUCUGGGGCAAAGGCCCAACUCCAUCGCGAGGAGGGCUACACCCUGCUCACAGUCAAGGACAGCGCCUUGACUGAGUCUUUCACUGCGGACAAGGGAGAGAAGCUGAAGCAAAAGAUGCUGGCGUAUGUGGUGCGCGGGCGCUACCUCUCCGACCGCCUCUUCCACGGCCAGCGGCUCGAGACGCUCGCCGGGGGGACCCUCAGAGUGUUCAUCUACCACCGGGCUCUGUGCAUCGAGAGCUCGUGUGUGGACACCAAGGACAGGACGGCGCGCAAUGGGGCUGUCUUCGUCCUCGACAAACCCCUGCCCCCCCCUCCCCGCAGCACCUUAAUGAACAUGCUGGAAGCAGACACUCGAUUCACGACGCUGGCGUCGCUGCUGCGCACGGCGGGGUUCGCGGAGAAGCUGUCAAUGCCAGUCGACCUCACGAUCUUCGCUCCGACGAACGAGGCCUUCGGGACCCUCCCCGUCGCUGAGCUUGCCCGCCUCAGCCGGAACUCGAGGGAGCUACAGGAGUUGCUCUUGAGCCACGUCAGCUCGGGGAUCCUCGUGAGAGGGGGCCUCAUCCCCAUCGGGACCAACCUGGUGAUGGCGCUCAGCGGCGUAACCAUCGACGUCAUGCAGAAAGGUGGAGUGAUGUCCAUUAACGAAAAGCAGACGGUGAUCGAGGCCGACCUGAUGGCCACAAACGGUGUCAUACACGUUAUUGACGGAGUGCUGGGCCAGAGACCGUCGCGCCGGCGCCAUGCCCUCGUGAAUUUCGGCCCCGGUGCCCCCUCGGGCCUCGAGCUCUACCGUCGCCUUACCCACAAGCCCUUGCACUGGAAACGCCCAGGGCACACUGUGUCCUGGAAGAGAUCGCGUGGCUUCGUGGACAAGUCCUCACAUCGGAAACAAGCUGGCAAAGUCUAAACACACGGCCACGACUCGUUUGUGGGCAUGUGACAAUGGACAAUGUGGCCUCUUGAGUCAAAGAAUUGUAACGAUUCAUUUUCUUUUUAACAUAUUGUGCAAAUGUAGCACCCUCUAGUAGCUACAGGGGUCAUAAGAAUCAAUUUAAUUGAUUCCCAGAUGCACAAUUUGAUGCAUGUGUUGUUGGUGCAAAAAUGUAUCUUAAUAAAUGAACCAGUGCAUCCUUAGGGUGUGAUUUGGAGACUAGUUAAGGUAGUUCUGUGGUUAGUGAUAAUUAUAUGGUUAGCCUGACUGUAGUGAUGGAGGUAGUGUUGGUGUUGGGGUUAGGGAUAUGGUUACUGUUUCGGGUCAGGUAUUCAUGUUUGGAAUAGGGUUAUUGUUAGUGAUAACAAUUGAGCUAAGGUUAGAGAGAUCGUUCAUUCUAGGGAGAGAGUGAGAGAUUCAUUUAAUUCUAUAGGGUUCAUGUUAGUGACAAUAUUUGUGCUGGGGUUAGAGAUAUGAUUAGUGUUAGAGAUAGUGGGAGGGUUAAUGCUAGAGACAGGGUGUGUGGUACAGAUAGGGAUAAGAUUAUUGUUAGACAAAGUGUUAGAGUUAUGGAUUGUGGAAGGACUAUGAAUAUCAUGAUACAGUGGUGGAAUCAGUGACUCUAAGCAGUGUUCGUGAUUGGAGUAGUGUUCUCGUGAAAUGAUUAGAGUUAGAGCUAGUGUUAGAGUUAGUGUUAGAGCUAGAGCUAGUGUUAGAGUUAGAGCUAGUGUUAGAGUUAGAGCUAGAGCUAGUGUUAGUGCCAGGGAAACGAUGAGUAUUCGUGUCAACAUUCAGGUUGGGGAAAGUUAUGGUUUAGGAUUGGGUUUGUGUUGGAGUUAGAAUUAAGUUUUGAGUUAUUGUAGAGCAAAUUCUCAAAAGACUAAUACGGCCAAUGUUAACGUUAGUGGUAAGGAUAGGGUCAGGCCCAAGCAAACUUACAAAAUCAUAAUAUUCUAUAAAAAUCCCUCAUUGGUAAUUGUUUCAGACAUAUAUUUUAUGCUUACGUGCAAUCAAAAAACAGCUGUUUCCAUUAAAAAUACUGCAAAUAUAACCUUAACUUUUACCUUGGUGUACAUCGUCCCAUUUAUUAUCUGAGCUCAGGUCUGCUGUGCAAAUAAGCCCUCCCUAUUUUUAUUGGGCUCUCAUAGCUUUUAACUUUUCAAGCAUAACAUUGAAAGUUAACAUUUCAAAAUAUAAAGGCUUUGGCAACUACAUAGUAAAUGUUUACUUGUGUGUAUCGUUUAUUUUUCUUUAUCACAUUUUAUCUCAACAAAAAACAUCAUUUUGUGCGUGUGCGUUUGUGUUGUGUGCGAGUCUGGACCCAUGUUGUAAUGUUUCGCGUGCUGCACCACAUUUAUAGCCACGCAAUGCAAUGACAUCGCAUGGUGAUGUGACAAAACAAUUGUACAAUUUAACUCGUUUUCUCUAUGUUAAAUCCCUAAUAGCAACACAACUUCAUACUACAAAUUGUGUUCGUUAUCGUGAUCCUGAGCUACGGGACAGAUGAACAGAGCGAAUGUAUUCCUGCUUUCGACUUUUAUUAAAUCGAAUCAUGACCUGA